GUGUCUCAGAUAGUCCGACCGGUGGACGGGGCUCAAACCAAUAUAAGGAGGGGCAAGCCCCCCUCCCCAAAAUCGAAAAUCAAACGCGAGCAGCCCCCAAAUCCAGAUCUCAAGAUCUCCCGGCGAGUUGAGCAGAAAUCAGAUCAACCGAUGGCCGGCGUCGAGUGUGUCUGCCCUGGCAAACGAAAGGCGGCGACUUUUUCCGGCGAGGAGCCUUCCCCGACGGCCAAGAGGACGGCCGGCUGUUCCCGAGGAGAGGAGGAGAUUCCGGCGGCGAAGAAGAUGUGGCGGCUGCCGCGGGAGGAGGUCGACCGGAUCGUCGACUGGCCGCCGUACGUCCCUCCCGCCCUGUACCGAGACCUGAAGCGUGACAACCCGUCGCUUCUGCCGUCGCCGGAGGAGGAGAAGGACGAGCGCACGGUGCUCCUCUACCGGUACGCGCGCGAGUUGUACGAGCAUUUGGAGGAGUUCGCCGGGUUCCAGGCCAGGGUCCGCCGCGAGUACGCCUCCAAAGGAUUCGUGGAGGUCGACUACGACUGCGUCGGCGCCGAGGCCGUGGCGCAGAGGCGGGUCAACCAGGCACGCGGUUCUGUUGCAACGUCUGGAGCUGUGCAUGUGCUAUCUUCUCGCACGACUCCACUGAUUCAUCUCCAGGCCUUGCGAUGGUGCCAUUGCCAUGGAACCGAGGCAAGGUUUCUGUUCCAAGCUCUAGUUUGCUGUACUGACAAUUUGUCUUCCAAGAUUGUUUGCUUUUAUAGUUCGAAACUAUAUGCAUUGAUGUGGAUAUUGGGGCUUGUUUAUUUUGCUACUGCUUUUUAGGGCCAUAUGCUUCAUUGGUUAGAUCUGCCUGGCCAUAGUGGUUAGCCAUCAUCUUCAGGUCCAGUUGGAUAUAUAGAUCACCAGUUUUUGGAACUGGGUGCAGUGCCCUGCUUAACAAAGUUGAAUAUUCACUUAUUUUCCUUGGUGAGAUAUACCUCCAAAUCUGGUAGGGCGCUGUUAAUCGUAUUGUUUGCCUUCUUUUUUCCCUGUCUAAUUUUGGUGGUUGUUUCAAGGUUUGUAGGUGAUGCUGAAGCUAGUGGCCCUCAAUAGUAUGCAGAGGCGAUCUAGCAGAUGAGGGUACUAUAAAUCCGAAGGGUAAAAACUAGAGAAAUUUGCGGUCUUAUGCAGUUAUGCCUCCCUGAGAUAUGUGUGAGCCCAGGAGUGGAAUUUCGUAUGGUGAUCCUUGUGUUACUGGUCUGCUGGUAGUUUCUGUUGUGUUAAUUGUUGAAACCCUGGUGGCCUUGGAAUGGUUGUGCCCUGGAGCUGUAAGCAGCGGUUAUUAUUUCUAGGCCUUUUGUUAAGCACUAAGCAGUGUGUUUGUCUUCAAACUGGCGAGCUUGCGCUUGGUUUUAACCUUUGUGGCGACACGUUUUCUGUGCAUAAUGCUGGAUGAUGGUUAUUCUGCUGCUA